CGCUGUUGGAGCAGUUAUGUUUUCCUCAAAACUAGCUUCAUGGCUAAAUAUCUAGUGUAACACUUCGCCUCAGAGAGCAGGCCAACACAUAUUCACAUCAGAAGCUGAAUAUGUUACGCUGUUAUGACCUGACCGUGAACUGUUAGCGUGUUUAAAUCUUCGCAUCACUUGAAAAAAGUGUCUGGACUGAGCAGGAUGCUAGCAUGUGUCGUUAGCAAACCAAUGCAGGAAAUUAGCUUGUUAGCUAGUCAAGUGUUAUCAUGAGGCUUAAUGUUCCUUCUUUAUGCUCAUCCUCGAUUUAAAUAACCUCUGCGCAAUGGACACCGAGGGAAUAGUGAUCCGUAUAAAAACGCCGGCAGGGGAUAUGGACUCGGCCGUUGACUGUCCAUCUCUUCUGAACUUCAAUGACUUACUGGUUGCAAUCAGAGAUGUCAUGCCUGAAGCCACUGUAACAGCCUUUGAAUAUGAAGACGAGGUGGGGGACAGAAUCACCGUAAGAAGUGAUGAAGAACUCAAAGCCAUGUUGUCGUAUUACUACAACACAAUGAAUGAACAACGCAUGAAUGGACUGCUGCCGGACCCUCUACAGAUUUUUCCACGAGCCGGCAAGACUCCAGGGAACCGGAACAUACAUGGCCUGAAGGUUAAUACAAGACCUAACCCAGCAAAUGACUGCACUCAAGCUGUCCCGGACUCCAUGGCCAACAACAGCUUAAAAAAAUCAUCUGCAGAGCUGAAGAGGAUCCUGACAAAUGGGCAGAUAAGUGCCCAAGACAUCAACUACCAAGAACAGCUGGGCCAUGGAAACGGAGGCACAGUUUACAAAGCGUACCAUGUUCUGGGCAAGCGGGUUUUAGCUGUCAAGGUCAUUCCUCUGGACAUCACGGUGGAAUUACAGAAGCAGAUCAUGUCAGAAUUAGAAAUUCUCUACAAGUGUGAUUCGCCGUAUAUCAUCACUUUCUUCAGUGCCUUUUUUGUAGAGAACAGGAUAUCCAUAUGCACAGAAUUUAUGGACGGUGGUUCUCUAGACGUGUACAAAAGAAUUCCAGAGCAUGUGCUGGGGAGGAUCGCAGUAGCAGUAGUCAAAGGGCUGACGUAUCUAUGGAGCCUGAAGAUACUUCACAGAGAUGUCAAGCCUUCCAAUAUGCUGGUGAACACCCGAGGACAAGUCAAGCUCUGUGACUUUGGUGUCAGCACACAGUUGGUGAAUUCUAUUGCCAAAACGUAUGUUGGAACAAAUGCAUACAUGGCACCAGAGAGGAUAUCGGGAGAGCAGUAUGGUAUCCACGCAGAUGUCUGGAGUGUGGGAAUCUCUUUCAUGGAGUUGGCGCUAGGCAUGUUCCCCUAUCCACAGAUUCAGAAAAACCAAGGAUCUCUAAUGCCUCUCCAGUUACUGCAAUGCAUCGUUGAUGAGGAUCCUCCAGUGUUUCCUGUGGGCCAGUUCAGUGAGAAGUUUGUGCACUUCAUCACUCAGUGCAUGCGACGGCAACCCAAAGAGAGGCCUGCCCCCAAUAACCUCAUGGAGCAUUCCUUCAUCACACAGUUUAACGACGGUAAUGCGGAGGUGGUGUCGAUGUGGGUGUGCCGCUGUCUGGAGGAGAGGCGAGCUCAGCAGGGUCUCUGACGUCCUCCUGCUGUCCCCCCACAAUGCACCAGGCCAUCUGAUCCCAAACCUUCAACACUUACAGAAGGCUUCAGGAUCAAGUACGUCCAAAUGGACUGUACAAGUGACUCAUGGACUAAAAAUGACUAGAUGUUACAAACUUUCUGUGAGUUAUUCUCCAUUUAACAGCACUCAUGCGCUGGGACAAUGAGGAGCUUCUUUGACUCUUAUCUCUGCAUUUAAAAAAAGUGCAGCAUCUGCAGCUUUGCCCCCACCUUUUUUGGGAGUAAGACAGUCUGAUGGAUGGAGAAAAACGGUUAGAUUUAAAGGAUCAGCGACAACCUUCAAAUGCAUGAGACUGCAAUAGGCCGGCAGAGUAAUGCCCUGAUUCUGGGAUGGUAUCUCAAAUGACCCUCUCGUGCUUUACUGUUGAGCCCUCUAGUGAAUGUUAAGGUUUCUGCCUGUGAGUAACGGCCCGUGUGUGUGCCUGGCUUCCCACUGGUGUCAUUUAUUACCUCAGAAAACUUAGGUUGUCACUAAAAUAGCAAAACGUAACCUGUUUUUAAUGCUUCCACUUGAACGUUGGUAUCCAGUUAUUCCCUAAUCUUGUAAGGUCAGAGCAUUACGUGGACACAAAGCUCUGUCUCUGUCCUAAAGGGGGGUUGAGUGCACAACAAACCGGCACAAUCAAUGAGAUUUUAGCAGCUCUGAGGUGUUGGAAUGCAAUGAAAUGUUAACAGCCAUCUUUAAUUGGUUUUCAGGCUUACUAACCAAACAACUAAUUGUUCUCAUUUAUUAACAGGAACCAGGCUCUCUCUCUGUUUAGACACAUUUUUGAUGUUCUUUUAUCUCCGUUUGCACAAACAAGCCUGACAUUGAAUGCCACUGAACAAACUACUUGAGAGUGAAUUGUGCUGAAGUAGUUCUCCACGUUUAUUCACCAGCUUUUAUAUUAUUAGAAUCCAUUAAGAAUAAGAGAAACUAUACACAAAAGCAGAACAUGUAACAGACACCAUAUCUCUUCUUCUCCUCGCUGUAUAAACCAACACCUUUUGUUCAUUUCAAUUAUUUUUUCAUCCCGCUUUCUAACCAGUAAAUCCUUACUUUAGCAACAUAUGUCAUGAACAGAAAGUAUGCUAUUUUAUUGAAUUGCCAAAUGAGAUUAGUUGCUAUACUAUCGAGGGAAAACGUUUAAUGGAGUGCACUUAACACCAAAGACCACUGACGACCCAAAAGGUGAAAUAUACCUUGUGUUUCUUUAGUGACUUAAGCAUAAUGGGUUAAAUGACUCAAAAAAUGGUUUUAAUGAUUAACUGUUGAAAUGUAUAGAGUUCAAGUGCAAUUAAAUGUGAUUUCUUCCAUAAAGGAACUGUAAAACAUAUCCCACAGUGACAGGAUAUAAUGACAGUUUAUCAGACAAGGCUUAAAGCACCAGUUAUUAUGUGCUUCUGUUGAUGUUUUUAGUAAGUAGAGUAUUUCUUGUUGGACUACUAUUUUUAAUAUCAAGACUGAACAUUGACUCUUUGAAGAAACAUUGUAAAGAUUCAACAUUUCACGUUAGCAGGAGUGUUCAAAUUGCAGUGUAAUCGACGUCCAUCUUUGCACAUUAAGUAUCAUUUGAAAAAGACCCAGUACAGAAAUGUCGUGAAUGCUAACCACUAAACUAUGUAGCAUGACAGUAAUAAUGCUACGGGGUGUCAGUACAGUCUGAAAGAUUGCAUUUUGGACAGAUCACACAUCUGGUGGUCAACUCCUUAUUGCAGAUUGAAAGGCCAAAGUAGCUUACGAUGUUGGAGGAAAACUUCUCAUAGCGUCCUCUUCUAGCAGAAAAAAAAUAAAAAUGUUAUUGAAUCCAAUAUUAAACUAUAUUUUCAAUAUGGUAUCCGUUUCCAUCCGUUACCACAGCUAAGAUAAACAGUUUGUGAUCAAUUAUUCAAAUGAUUAUGUCAAUAUUCCUGCCUCUGACACCUGAAAUAGAGGCACUGCCUUUUUACUUAGGUAUAGAUUAAUGAAGUCUUCUGUACAAGAUGCCAUUCAUUUUCAUAAAUUAAAAUACAAAUAUCAACUCACAUUUUGAAUGUCCUCCAGUAGCUAAAAUACAUCAUGAAUUUCCAAAAGUUGCACAUUAACUAGAAUAUGUACUUUACAUUAUACCAUAUAUAUUGUUAAUUAUAUUUAUCUAAUUGUCCAAAUCUCUUCUAUAAGAGAUAGCCCUUUCAUUAAGUUGGCCUUAAAGGUAGAUCAAGCUAUAAAUACUUGGCAGUUAAGGUGUGAAAUAAGAAGUGUGUUUAGUGGCCCCUGGCUGCUCUUUAACACGCUGCAAAUCUUAAAUGUAUUCUUGCAAUUAAAAAUAAAACCAAAAAGAAACUUUUAUUUGUAUUUUACCAGAUGUCCUGUAAGGUCCAAAAGCUAAGACUUAUGUGUUGCCAAUGUAUUCACUGACUGUGUUAAGUAUGUAUCUGCAGUAUCAGUAGAGAAUAUUUAUUAUUUUUUUACUUUUCAGCUUGUGACCUUUGCCCUAAUAUUUGUCCUGUGUUGCUUUAACCAUGAACCAUUCACGGCAGUGAUGGGACGCAGCAGAAACAUUAGUGCUGUGAUAUUACUGACUGAUUUUGGCCUUCUGUAAUGAUCUGUGUGGCACAUAUUCCAGCCAUUAUGCACAAAUAGAAUAAAAGUAUUUAAACAUUAAA